UCGAAAGUUUAUUCAGAAAGUCAAAAGGAAAAAUAUCAUCUGAGGAAAACAUUUAGCCAAAAACAAUUCCCCAAUGCCUGAUCUCAAAUCAGUGUUUGGUCACGUGACUAAAAGGGCAAAAGUUUCGCGGGAAUUAACAUGGCGCACGAGAUGACAGCUACAGCAGCGGACUCGGUGCAAUGUCCCGUUUGUUUUAAAGACUUCCCGCCUGCCACAAUUAACGGACACCUCGACGUGUGUCUGCUGAACAGCGUUACCGACCGCAGUCCGCCGACCGCAGACGGAAGCGAACCUCCAUUAAAGAAACCUCGCAUUAGCGCGGAGGCUGUGGCACCCAGCUCCACUGACAACACACCCGCGGCCAGCUCCUCCUGCGGCACGCCGUCCUCUGCGGUAUUUUCUCUGUUUCAGAACAAGAGUAAAGUUCAAAGUGAACGGGGUGGGUUGUUUGCAAGUAAACAACCCGCUGUCGCUGCUGUCAACAAGGGAAUUAAGCGUAAUUUGCCGAGCGAGGCGGAGCCCGGACCGGCGGGCACCGAGACUAUGAAGAGCCGACCAUGUGGAUCAAGCGGACAGGCUGUGAAGACAUCAAAUGAUGUAUCGCCGCGGAGGCUGCUAACGAUAGACAAGCCUCUGGCAGAGAUGAUGAGACCGAACACACUGGAUGAAUACUUUGGUCAAAAUAAAGUUGUAGGCCAGGAGACACUCCUCCGCUCGCUCCUGGAGACCCAGGAAAUACCGUCCCUGAUCCUGUGGGGACCGCCGGGAUGCGGAAAGACCACUCUAGCUCACAUCAUUGCCAGCACCAGUAAAAAGAAGGGAACGGCUCGUUUUGUCUCUCUGUCUGCCACCAGCGCGUCCACCAAUGAAGUCCGAGAGGUCAUCAAGCAGGCGCAGAAUGAGCUCCGACUGUGCAAGAGGAAGACCAUCCUGUUCAUUGAUGAGAUUCACCGCUUUAACAAAUCCCAACAGGAUACCUUCCUUCCUCACGUGGAGUGCGGGACGGUAACUCUGAUCGGGGCAACCACAGAAAAUCCGUCCUUCCAGGUGAAUGCCGCCCUGCUGAGCAGGUGCAGGGUUCUGGUUCUAGAGAAGCUUUCUGUGGAGGCUAUGGGCUCGAUCCUGGACAGGGCUGUGGCCACGCUGGGGAUCAGAGUCCUGGAACGAGAUCCAGCAAAUCCCAAAGAGGAAGAGCGAUCAGAUGGACACGAGCCCAAGAUUUUCAUUGAACAAAAAGCUCUGGACACCAUAGCCUAUCUUUGUGAUGGUGAUGCAAGAACAGGGCUCAAUAGUCUGCAGCUGGCUGUUCAGGCUCAGGUGAGCUCAGUCCAGCCCAACCAGUUCGGACCAGAUGGUUCUGAUGAAAUACUUGUGAAGGAGGUGCACAUCAAGGAAGGACUCCAGAGGUCCCAUAUUCUCUAUGAUAAAGCAGGUGAAGAGCAUUACAACUGUAUCUCAGCGUUACAUAAGUCUAUGAGAGGCUCCGAUGAGAAUGCGUCUCUCUACUGGCUGGGCCGCAUGCUGGAGGGCGGUGAGGAUCCUCUCUAUGUGGCUCGCAGACUGGUCCGCUUUGCCAGUGAGGAUGUUGGUAUGGCAGAUCCCUCUGCUCUACCUCAGGCUGUGUCCGCCUUCCAAGCAUGCCACUUCAUCGGGAUGCCUGAAUGUGAGGUGAUCCUGGCUCAGUGUGCAGUCUAUCUGGCACGAGCACCCAAGUCUGUGCAGAUCUACAAGGCCUAUGCUAAUGUGAAGGCCUGUCUGAGGAACCACAAAGGCCCUCUGCCUCCGGUCCCUCUGCACCUUCGCAACGCCCCCACCAGGUUGAUGAAACAACUGGGCUACGCUAAAGGCUACAAAUACAACCCAGCCUUCAGUGGCUCCGUGGAGCAGGAUUACUUACCUGAUGAGCUGCAAGGAAUCAACUUCUUCACCUGGACACCUUCAGACCCAUGAGGAUCUGCUGUAAUGACUGACGCAGCUCGCUGUAUUAGGUUAAAAACCAAGGCGGCUGAAUGAAAACAAUCUACUAAAUGAUCAGUUUGGGGAUAUAAUGUAAGUUUUAUGUAGGUGCUGAUCCAAAUGAAAAUGUAUAGUUGGGAGUUAACCAUCAUGUCAUGUUCAGAUUUGUCUACAAUUUGACUUUAGUUUAUUGUUUUUGAAUAUUUUAUAAAGGAGACAAACACUAUAUACAGUUAAUUUACCUCUAGAUGUUCAUAACAAAGUCAUUAAUCUUUACAAAUAAAAAACAGAAAUGUACACUGUAUGCCUUUGUAUUCUCAUAAUAGAUACUUCAAUGUUUACCAUGUUAAAUACAUUUG